AUGAUGUUUUUCUCCGUGCUGUUGACCCUGGCAUCAAUCAUAGCAGCACAUAAUGAGGUCGUUGCCGAUGACGCAUGCUUACAGAUAGCCCGUUCAUAUGACAUUUGGACCAAGAGUGGCGGCCAUGGAGACUUCUCCAACAUCCCAGGACAAACGGCAUAUGACUGUCUCAUGUCCAUGCCCGUUGACUUUGAGCGGGCAGUCAAGUUUUUGGAUGAGUACCUGAAAUAUCUCCAGUUUCAGUCGACUCUAGAUAGUCUCAAACAUCCGCCAUCCGGCUACAAGACACCCUCCAUAGAUCUUCUCAAAGGUUUCGACAAGAUUCGACAAAAAGCCGAGAAAAGUAUCUACAAAAGCCAAUACGAAUUCGACAACGACAUCAAGUCCCUUAUCCAUCGAGCAAACGAAGGCCACCUAGAAAUCAAUCUCUGCUCCCAACAAAUCUUCCACUUCCAACGCAGCCCGCCUCUGGUAUCCAUCUCAUCAGACGGCCUCGAGUUACCCAAAAUCUACACAUGGAACGACGCAAAGUUGUUGAUUUCCGGAUUCCCAAACACACAAGUAUCUCACCUGGUCGAAAUCAACUCCAUCUCCACCGCUUACUUCCUCCAAGCCCACCUCGCCCGGACUUUCCAAUACCACGACCCCGACGCCCGCUACAACCACCUCUUCCCCUCACCCGUCAACCAAUACACCGGUCUUUUUACCGGAGGCGGCUGGCAAAGCUACCAAGGUCUCUGGCCAGGAGCUGCCCACUACCUCCUCAAAUUCCACAAUGGCACGACAAUGCAGGUUAACACAACCGUCACCUGGCCCGCCACCAACGGACCCAUGAAUUACACCGACGGACAAACGCUAUUCAAAGCCGCUUGUCUACCAGACUACGCUCCCUCUCUUUCAAGCUUCUCCCACUCACCCAUCGCACCCCCUCAACAACAACUUCACAGUAACGACAAUGGUCCCCCUCCAAGCACAGAGGGAAUCUACCCCACGCCCAUCAUCCGCACCCAUCAGAACUCGUUAAGGGGGUACUACCUCAACACCACAAACCACAACGACACCGCAGUCUUACAAAUCCCCACGUUCCAACACACAGCCGGCAUCAACUUUUCGCAAACAGCACAAGACUUCCUCACGCGCGCCGCGGAGCAAGACGGCAAAACCAAGUUGAUUUUAGAUCUAAGCGGCAAUCCCGGAGGGGACGUGAUUCCCGGCCUCAAUAUCUUUAGUAUCUUGUUUCCCGACCUCAAAAUCCGCACGGCUACGCGGUUUCGGGCGACCGAGUUGGUGAAGCUUGUGGGCAAGGUGUAUAGUGAGGUUUAUAGUACAAAAGAUGGACUAAAAGAGGAGGAGGAAGAGGAGGUGCCAAUUGAUCCCCCUUUUGUGGCGAGCGUGGUGGUCAGACCGGAUCAGAAGGGUAGGUUUACGGGGGGGUGGGAAGAGGUUUUUGGGCCGGAACUGGCUUCGACGGAGACGGAUCCGGUGUUUGGGUAUGGGGCGUUCAAGGGGGUGAGUAAAGGGGGAAGAAAGAGGCCGUUUAAAGCGGAGGAUAUCGUUGUUAUGACAAACGGCGAAUGCGCAUCCACCUGCGCCCUCCUCAUCUCCCUCCUCCGUCGCCAAGGCAAAGUCCGCACCCUCGUCUUUGGCGGCCGUCCCCGACAUGCACCCAUGCAAGCCGUCGGAGGCGUCAAGGGAGGGCAGUAUUGGUCUCUAACAACCAUUUACCGCCAUGUUUCGCGGGCUGUGGAGUUGGCUAUGUCUAAGGGUACCUCUACCUCUACUACUAUCCUGACUGAAGAGGAGUUGCAAAGACUGAAGGAGUUGGCGCCUGCUGAUCCUGAUCCCAGAGCUGCUGUGGGCACCGGUGGGUUCCCGCUGAGGAUGGGCUGGAAAGGAGAGGGAGGGGUGAAUUUUAGGGAUCUGUAUUACCUUGAAGAUGGAGAUGAUGAUGAAGUGAGUGGGGUGGAAAAGGGGAAGUGGAUGAGUACAGGGACGGUUCCGGCGCAGUUCAUCUAUGAGCCAGCGGAGUGUAGGCGGUUUUUCACGGUGGAAAUGAUGUUUAGGCCGGCCAAGAUGUGGGAGGUGGCGAGGGAGGUCAUGUUUGGGAGUGGAAGCCUAGUACUUCGCCGGUAUCUGAGGAAGAGGAGGAGGAAGAAGAGGAAGAAGAUAGGUAUUUGGGGGAGACGUGGACGCCUCCUCUACUUCCGGCGUGGGGUGGCCCCGGUAAGGAGAGGGUUGCAUGAGAUGGUUCUGGUCUGUAAACUCUACAUAUCGCAGGUCACCGACUAUCGAAGACUGCCACCUGUUGGUGGACAAUCGUAUGUAUCUAGCGCUGGCGGCGUGGUCGUUGCGCCAAAUUUCCCCUUUGCCAUGGAUGAUCGAGACGUUGGCAGCAGCUCGUUGAUUGCAGAGGAUCUUGAUGAGGAGGAGGAGGCUGACUUGGUCAUCCAUCCAUCCGAACUUGGAUCAGAGUCCGAUGCCUUCAUCAAAGAAAAUAACCGAAGGUCAUCCUCUCCUACUUCCCCUCUAGACGUAGGGACAAACCAUGAUCGAGAAGACGCCGAGGUUGGACAUCUUCCAACCGAAGAUGACGAGGUGAUCGAUCCUCGACUCAGGAACUAUCCCAUUCCCCUCGUAGCCAAGACAGUCGACCUACACAACGAUGAAACCGAACCCCUCCUAACCAUCCGCUUCUGGAUCCUCUCCACCCUCUGGGUCAUCAUCGGCUGCUCCGUCUCUUCCGUCUACUACUUCAAGCCCUACUCUGUUCGUCUCUCUGGCUACGUCGUGCAACUACUCUCGUGGGGGAUGGGCGCCCUCAUGGCGCGUCACUUCCCACAGAAACAGUUCACCCUCACAUUACCUAUUCUUCAGAAAGAAAUUGCAUUCAACCUCAACCCCGGCCCCUGGAACCCCAAAGAACACGCCCUCGUCAUCGUCGCCUACUGGGGCAGCACCUACACCGCCUACGGCCUCGGCCCGCUCUCCGCCAUGGAGCUCUACUACCACAAGCGCAUGAGCAGGUCGUGGGCCGUCUUGUUUCUCAUGACCACGCAACUGAUGGGGUACGGCUUUGCGGGCUUAUACCGGGACGUCUUGGUGCGGCCGCCGGGCAUGUAUUACCCUGGCGUGCUCCCGAACGUGACGCUGUUCAACGCCAUGCAUCGACACCCGUCCGUGACGAAAAAGUCGCUGGGGUUUUUCGGGGUGGUGGCGGCCGCGGCGUUUGUGUACCAGUGGCUGCCGGGGUUUGUGAUGCCUUUGUUGGCUUCGCUGCCGGUGGUUUGUUGGGUGGGAUUGGGAAAGAAGGCGGCUUUUGUGUUAGGGAGCGGAACGUAUGGGUUUGGAUUGUUGGACUUUUCGCUGGAUUGGAACUAUGCUUCGUUUUUGACCCCGCUUUAUACGCCGCUGUGGGCGACGGUGAAUCGGUUUGUGGGAGCGGCCGUGGUGAUUUGGGUGGUGUAUCCCUUGGCUUAUUUCUUGAAUGUCAAUGGGGCUCAGCAGUUUGCGCCGAUGAGCUCGGGGACGUGGGAUGCCGAAGGGAAUCGGUACAAUAUCUCGCGCAUCUUGACGCCGACGUAUCAGCUGAACCGGACCGCGCUGGAGGAGUAUUCUCCGCCGUAUUGGUCGUUCAGCUACGCGAUGCACUUCUUUUGGGGGUUCGCCGCGUCGACGGCCGUGUUGACGUAUGCUGUCAUGUUUCAUGGGCGUCAAUCUUGGGAGACCCUUCGAAGCUCGCUGCAAACCAUCAGCAAUCCCUUUGCAAAGAAGGAUCACAAGCAAAAGAAGAAGAAUGUUCAACACCGGGCCGAGUUUGACGACCCCUACCUCAAGCUUACCGCCCACCUCCCCCGCGUGCCGCACUGGUGGUAUCUCGCCCUCCUCCUUUUUUGCUUGGUGAUUGCCAUUGCCCAGCUCUCGGGCGGCGACAUGCAACUCCCCUGGUGGGGCCUCCUCCUCAUCACGGCCAUCUCGGCCCUCUUCACGUUCCCCAGUGGCAUCCUCUUUGGGUUCACCAACGUACAAAUCGGCAUGGACUACCUCUCCGAGCUGCUGGCCGGGUUCCUGUUCCCCGGCAAGCCCAUCGCCGUGCUCACGUGCACUGUGUACGGCCGGCAGAUCCUCGAGCAGUGCCUCAACCUGGUCAGCGACAUCAAGUUUGGCUUCUACAUGAAGAUCCCUGAGCGCGAGCUGUUUGUGGCGCAGGUAUAUGGGACGUUGCUGGGCCCGUUUGUCAACUGGGCUUGUAUGCGGCUGAUCAUCGAUACGCAGGGGCCGAAGCUGAUGCGCGAGGUGAUGUCGGGGACGACGUGGAACGCUUUGAAGACCAAGAACUUCUUUUCGCUGUCGGUGAUUUGGGGCGUGCUGGGUCCGCAGGUGUUCUUUGGGGGCGAGUCGCCGUAUCGGUGGGUGUACUGGGGGUUUGUCGUGGGACCGCUGGCCGUGAUGCUGCUGUGGCUUGUACAACACAGACUGGCGAGGCCCAAGUGGGGGAAGGUCGCGAGCGUGGUUAAUCCGGUGGUGAUGCUGAACGGGGCAACGCUGUUUCCCAUCUAUCCGACGACAAACCUGACGACAUCGGCGCUGGUGGCGGUGGUGUUUAUGGGAUACGCGUACAGAUACCACCCGGUGUGGUUCCGCAAGUACAAUUAUCUGCUCGGGGCUGGGUUGGACUGUGGCGCGCAACUGGUGCAGAUGGCCAUGAUCUUGGUGGUGGACUUGCCCAAUGUGACCAUGCCGCACUGGUGGGGGAAUGAUGCCGUCGCCGUGGACAAGUGUUACCCCGUUUGA